CCUAAAUGCACCUAAAUGCACCUAAAUACACCUAAAUGCACCUCCACACAUUACCACAGAGUUCCCUUCCCCCACAGAGACUACAUCUGGCUCUACGAUAUUUCUUACUGUUACCUGGGCGCCGUGGGAAUCCUGAUCGUGGUCACAGUAUCUACGGUGGUGUCAGUGAUCACAGGCGUUCAAAGGCCAGAGGAAACGGACGAGAGUUUGGUCAGCACGAGAUCUCUUGCCUUCUACCGAUGGCUCUGCGAUAGAUUCUUCCCGAAGAGGAGUUACAGCGUGGAGAACGGGACUUCUGGUGUCAAGAAGGAAGGCGUGGACAAUCGAAGUGUUAACGUCAGUGCGGAAGCAAGCGGGGUUCCGAAUGAUAACAUGGAGAUGAAGUCAGUGAAGUGAAGCGAACGUCCGUGGAAAGUAGGAUAGGAAGAUGCUGUGUGUGGUCCGUUUUCUAUGCAUUGAAUGAGAAGUAAUGACAUUUACGGGUAACCGAUGAAAAUAUGUUGUGUUGGACGGUGAAGGAUAUAGUACAUUUGAAUGAAACGCGUGCUGUACAGAGAACAUAGUGAAUUGAAGUAUGUUUAACACACAAUAAAUACUCUUUGUUAUAUUCGUUGAUAGCAGUGAUUGGAACGAUCAUUCUAAUGUUAAUAUAAAUAGGGAAAAAGAAAGUUAUCACGAAAAUGUCAUUGUUUACAACAUCGUCCAAAUCAUAUUCACUCACCAAUGUUACAUUCAUCAUUUUAUGAAUCUACAUGUUCUUUAUUAGCACCACCAUAUUCUUUGGAUAGUGUGAUAAUUUAGUACAUAUCUUGUAAGACUGAAAACAAAUCUUUAAGGGUUAAACGCAAUGAUUUUAUACCUGCUGGUACCUGAUAUAAAUAGAUUAUAUCUUUUCUUUGUUUCUUUUAUAUAAUGUGAGAAUGAGAUGUAGUUUAUAUAUUGUGUGGAAAUAGUAUGAAUAUUUUUUGUUUUCCUUUUAUAAGAUAGACCAUUAAUAUUUUGGAUACUGCAUGUUCUGAAUCACGUAAUUUUAGGAAACGUGAAAAAAAAUAUAAUUGUAAUAAAUAUGAAAUCAAAACGUCCUUUUUUUAUUCUCAGUCGUCUAUUUUCUACAUGUCUUAUAAUGAGCUCUUUGUUCUGUUGUAAAACGGAGGUUAAAAAUGUUGAAAAUAGAUUGUUGAUUUUU